AUGCCCGACGCAAAACAAGAACCGCUGACUUCAAGCGAAGAGACCGAGAGCGACAUCAACGAACGUGCACGUCGUGCCCGUGCCUUGAAACGGGGCAAGUUGCUGUUCAAUCGAGGCCUGCGUUCCGUGCCCUGCAUCAUUCGCAACCUGUCCGAUACCGGUGCAAAGCUGGAAUUCGAACAGGCCUAUCUGCUGCCGCAGGAAUUCGACCUGCAGAUCGAUCUUGAAGAUUUCGAGGUGACCUGCGAGCGCCGCUGGGAAGAAGGCCUCAGAUGUGGCGUGGAAUUCAUCAGCGAAAAGCGGCCGGUCGGAAAACUGCGUGCCCAGAUCCUGAAAUCAUCAGACGACGCACUCACCGAGGAAAUCGACGAGUUGAGAGAUUCGCCGGACAACUAUUUCUCGCGCAAGCGCGUUAUGGACGAGAAGAACAAGCCCGCAUCCGAGCAACCCGUCAGAACCGCGCGCCCAGCAGGCGGCAAACCCGGGUUCGGUAAACGGCGCUGA